AUGGCCGGUGACGCCGCCGCCGCCGCCGCCGCCGCUGCCGCCGAGCAGAAACAGCAAGAGGAGGCGGAGGCCCUCGACAAGGCCCUCACCGCCAAGGAGGCGGCAAACACCACCCUCCACGCCCAGGCGAUCGCACUCCACAACAUCAAGAGCGCGAUCACCCUGGUGCUGGACAAGUCGUCCAACAACUACGGUCGGUGGCGGCCUCUCUUCUUGAUUGUGCUCGGCAAGUACAAUCUGAAGGAGCACGUCCUCACCGACAUCGCCUACCCCGAUCGCUCGGCAUGGGCGACCAUGGACAGCUGCGUCCUCACCUGGAUCAUCUGCACCGUCUCCAAUGAUCUGCAACAGUCCCUGCUGAUCCGUGAUCCCACUGCCCGAUCUGCCUGGCUGUUCCUCGAAGACGAGUUCCUCGGCCAGCGCGAAUCGCGUGCACUGCUGCUGGAGGCUGAGUUCCGUUCCUUCCGGCAAGGCGAUCUCUCAGUGACCGAUUAUUGCCGUCGCCUUGAAACAAUGGCGGCAUCCCUCAAGGAGUUCGGUGAUCCGAUCGGCGACAGGCAGCUUGUCCUCACCCUGCUACGCGGCGUCAAUGGGAAGUACCGGCACAUGGUGUCCAACCUGAAGAUGCGCGCGCCCUUCCCCACGUUCGCCGAGGCACGCACCCUGCUGCUCCUCGAAGAGAUCGAUGUCAACGACGUCCACGACGACGUCACUCCCGCACCGCCGUCGGAGACUCAGGCGCUGCUCGCGGCAAAACCACAGCCGCCACGCACUGGUUCUGGUGGUUCCGGUGUCCAGGGCAGUGGGACGGGCAACUCCAACAACUCCCGCAACCGCCGCAGGGGACGCGGCGGCAACGGCGGGACCAACAACGGCAAGGCGGGCGCCGGCCAGGGCGCCCCCAACGGCGCCGUGCAGGGCGCUGGACAGCCUGCUGUUCGGCCAGGACAGAACCCCUGGUCCGACACUCUCCAGCUCUGGCCACACGGCUUCGGCGGCCUUCCUGGACAGCAGCUGCAGCGACCCCAUACAUGCCGCUCCUCGGCUUCCUCUUCGGCCGGCGCGAUGCCGCAGUACGCGGCAUGGAACCCCAUGGCAGGUGGCUCCUUCGACCAAGCGUCCCUCGUCAACAACUUCAACACAAUGACCUUGACGCCGCCGUCGACACCCACCGAGUGGUAUGCUGACUCUGGUGCCGGUUCUCAUAUGACCGCCCACUCUGGAUCUACAAACACGGAGCGUGAUCGCCAGUUUGGCACCAUCGUGAAGGCCGUCCAGUGCGACAACGGUCGUGAGUUUGACAACUCUUCGGCCCGCACGUUCUUCCUCUCCCAUGGUGUCCUCUUUCGUAUGUCGUGCCCCUACACCUCCCAGCAGAAUGGCUAG